AUGUCGGAGCGGAAGUUCGCAACGGUGAAGCGGGAGGUGGCGUCGAAAGUGGGAGAGGCGGAGAAGAAGGUGGAGGCCGCCGUGGAGGCGACCAAGGCAUUGUCCGACACGCCAGACAUGGCCCCCGAUCAGAUGAAGAGCUGCUGCGAGAAGGCCGGCAGCACGCAGUCCGCGGCCCACAGCGAGAUCUCGGCGGCCCGCACCCUGCUGCUCAACCGACAGAAGGACGCGAAGGUCGUGACGGCGGAUUCCGCCAUCCUGACCGAGCUCGGAAAAAUGAUGGACAGAUUAUCUCGAGCGCAGACGGAACUCGAGAAACAGAAGGGGCUCUUGCGGGAUCAGGAGCACCGUUUCGUGGCGAAGCGUUUGCUGAAGGACGCCACGGACAUGAUGGACCAGCUGGAAAAGAGACUAAAGGAGACAGCUGAGGUCGCGGCCCCGCUUGCCUCGGACAAGGCCGAGGACUUCGCUGGUGCCAUGUACCUUCAGCAUGUCGCCGACGCCCUCAAAGCUCACAUGAAGACUACUCAGAAGAGCUCGAAGGUGAUCUUCGACGAGAUGAGCGAGCAGAAGGACUCCGUCGUCGUUGAGCGGUUCGUGUCCUUCGUGGGCGAACUGCCCGGUGUGAAGGCAUCGGAGGACGAUGGCCUCUCCGAGGAGCAGCUUAAGGCUGCGUACGACUGCCUGAAGGGCAGGGAGGAGCAGCUGUCGGAGCGGGCGUUCCUGGACCAGCUCCGCACCAAGUUCAUCUGCGCCUCGGUAGUCUCGAUCACCGACGAGCUCAAGCUCAAGGAAGGCAAGACGGUCCGCAAGCUCGAGCUGAACGAGAUUGUUGAGGCGCUCGAGGAACCGGUGAAGGAUGAAACCGUCGACCUCAUGAGGGUCAAAGUCAAGGCGGAGAAGGAUGACAAGGAGGGCUACAUCACGCUCGCUGGGAACCAAGGCACUAGAUACCUGGAGCCGUACUCCCCCUUCGCGGCCUGCAAGAAGGUGGUGGAGCUCCGGCUGAAGCAGCUUGCAGAUAAGGCCCGGGAGGUCGGCAAGUACAUUGAACAGAAGGGCGAGGAGCUCAAGUCGGUUCGGACCGGGCCACUGGCCGAGACGAAGAGCGAGCUGCUUCAGAUGAGGCCUCGCGUCAGCAAGGUGAAGGCCGAGCAUGAGGAGCUCAAGAAGAGGGUCGCGCAGGCGGACAAGAAGCAGGCGGAGUGCAUGGAGGCGGAGCGGAGGCGCCGCAAGGAGGCCGCCGACAGGAGGGCGGCCGCCGCGCUGACCUGUGAGGCGGAGCAGAUGGUGUCGUCGUGCCAGGAGACCGUGGAGGAGGCCGUAUCCGCAGCGAAGGCCCUCGAAGACACGCGGGGCAGCGAAGAGGAAAACCCCAUCGCGGCGAUCGCCAAGGUGGAGAGAGUCCUCGAGGCGGCCCUCCAGGGCGUGGACGCAGCCGGGGUCAAGAUCAAGGCCGGCAUGGACGAGAUCAAGGCGGCGACGGAGGGGCCGCUCAAGGAUGCCCGCGCCACGCUGAUCAAGCUGAAGGUCAGGGUCGGGGCCCUGGAGAGCAAGUGCAAGGCGCAGCAGCUGGGGCUCCAGCGUGCCAGGAAACAGGUUGCCAGCGAUGCCCACGAGGCAGUGACCCGCGCGCUGCAGCUGUUCGUGAGGAAGGCUGGCAAGAGGCCAGACGAGGUCUUUACGGAGCUGUCCCAGGGCGGCCAGGAGGUGCCGGUGGAUGAGCUGCGAAAGUUCGUCGGCGGCAUCCCGGACCACGGCCUGAAGGCCGCGCAGCUCGAGCUGGGGCUCGAGAGAUACGCUGGUGGCGUCACGAGGCUCACGCUCCUGGAGCUGCUCCAGGAGUUCAAGAGGUGCGUGAAGGAUAUUGCCAUCACCACCGCCUUCGAGGUCAAGGACAGCAAGACUCUCAGGAAGCUCGCGGUCGGCGAACUCAUCGAGGUCCUCGAGGCCGACAGGGCGGACAAGGACGGCAUCGCGCGGGUGAGAUGCAGAGCUCUCUCGGACCAGAAGGAGGGCUGGGCCACGUUGCGGGGCAACCAGGGCACGGCUUACAUGGUGAAGGCUGCGAAGCCUUAUCCCUGGAGGCUUGCGCCUCUGCCGAUUCCCCAGAAGCGGGGGGCUCAUGACGAUGGCCCGCAUCGCUCGGGUGCUCGAGGGAGGGUGCAGCAGAAGAGGCGGAGGCGGACGAGGGGGUAUACUUAA